AUGACAUCCUCUGAUAAACGAAUGGGGAAAGGUGCGGACUUGCUUGACUGCAAGGUUUGUGAGUCUCGACCAAAGGGAGAGGUAAGAAAGGCACGGCAUACAACGAAGGAACUAACUAACGGCCUAGUAACCGCCGCUACAGGGAAUGAGGAUGAGGUCAAUUACAUCGAGCCAGCCCUGAUAGUUAGCUUAGCUGCCCUGCCCAUACGAGGUCCGGUUGAAGUGCGCCUUACCGAAAGAAGGAAUAAGCGGAGCACUGACUCCCAUCUUUGGCAGCCUAUGGGGUUUUGUAUUACGAAACAAGCUACUUCGUUCGGUCUAGUCCGAUACGAUAGAAAGACGUGGGCUAGUUUGUCGAGAGAGGCGUUCGUAUUCGACCUUCAAUCGUGGCUUACCCCUAAGAACGAAGCGAAGCGAAGUGAAGUCAUAAAACUCCUAGCGUGGCGUGAUCUUUUAUCGUAUGUCUCGCGGUCAAGCUACUUAAGUAGUCUGCCCCGGGCUAAAGUAAGCAGAGGGGAACGUCGUAGUGGUAGGUCUUCAAUUCCCUCGCGGAAGGAAGGGCCUGACCCCAGAAAGGUAGGACAAGAACCAGGAGUCAACUUUCCCGUCUUGGCUAAGGUGGCCCGGGAUCAGCCUCUUCCUCAGAGAAGAUCAAACAAUUCCCAAUCACGGAGCGAAGCGAAGGAGACUGGGAUACUGCCGGCGGGAAGGAAAUUGAAGAUUUUGCCGAUGGGCCAUGUCCGCCUAGUACUCCCCCCAUCAGUAUUUCACUCUACGAUGUCCAAAACUAUGGAAUGUGUAGACACAAAUGGGUGCGAGUUGAGAAGAGCAGGCUCUGUAAAGUGGAGAAAGGUAACGAGAAAUGAAAUAAGAGAUUCGAGCUGGGGCAAAGAAGGAAUUGAUAGAGGUGUGUCGAGAAGUUCCAUACCUUCUGGAUCGAGUCAAUUGCCUUGCUUGUACUUAUGGGUUGGUAUUCAGUAUACUGAAUACAAGAUUGAAAGGAAUGCAUUGGAAGUAAACUCGAGCAACUUUGGUCAGUACAUAAUCCUCACAAUUGCUCCUUGUGAUGCAGCAGAACCAUGGCAAUUAGGAUCUCAAGAUGCAGCAACACCUAUGAUGCAAGGAAUUAUAGACUUACAUCACGAUAUCUUUUUCUUUUUGAUUCUGAUUUUUGUUUUCGUAUCAUGGAUCUUGGUUCGCGCUUUAUGGCACUGGAACUAUCAAAAAAAUCCAAUCCCGCAAAGGAUUGUUCAUGGAACUACUAUCGAGAUUCUGUGGACCAUAUUUCCUAGUAUCAUCCUGAUGUUCAUUGCUAUACCAUCAUUUGCUCUCUUAUAUUCAAUGGACGAGGUAGUAGUAGAUCCAGCCAUUACUAUCAAAGCUAUUGGACAUCAAUGGUAUUGGACUUAUGAGUAUUCGGACUAUAACAGUUCCGAUGAACAGUCACUCACUUUUGACAGUUAUACGAUUCCAGAAGAUGGUCCAGAAUUGGGUCAAUCACGUUUAUUAGAAGUGGACAAUAGAGUGGUUGUACCAGAAAAAAGUCAUUUACGUAUUAUUGUAACACCUGCUGAUGUACUUCAUAGUUGGGCUGUACCUUCCUUAGGUGUCAAAUGUGAUGCUGUACCUGGUCGUUUAAAUCAGACCUCUAUUUCGGUACAACGAGAAGGAGUUUACUAUGGUCAGUGCAGUGAAAUUUGUGGAACUAAUCAUGCCUUUAUGCGUGCGCCCGGAAACAUAGGCCGACUGCUGAGCCCACUCUGGCUCAGCCGCACCACCCAGGGUGCGAGCCACCCGAGAAGCAAGCUAUUACAGCGAGCGGCUGGAGCAGUAUGGAGCCGAGGAGCAAGGCAGUAG